UGCUGGACCCGUCCCGCCCCGCCCUCCUGCUUCUUGUCGCCGCCCGACUCCACGUCGUUCCUGGGGCCCGAGGUCCCGGCUGCAGUCCGCGAGGACGUGGUGUGGGGGCCGAGGGGACGCUCUGCGCGCGUGUGUAGGCUCUGUGGCCGCGACAGCCACGGCCCGGAGCUGUUCACAGGGGCCGGGGGCGUGCAGGCACAACGCGGCGUUGGUUAUAGUUUUUGUUCUGACUGGCUUUCGCCCCUAAGGGAAGUUUUCACUAGGUGGUACCCUGAGCAGUGUGGGAAGUAUGUGUAGAUACUCGCCUCUGGCUCACAUUUGCAAGUCAGAAUUACAUUGGACAUUUUUAGGCCAUUUUGAUAACGUAAAACUAAAUCACAAGGGUCUCAUUAACUGACCGUAGAUCGGAUUCAGUGGGGUUGCCUCAAAAUAAGGAUUUUACUUACAUUCCUGUCUCAGGGAGUUCAAUGUCAGUCAUCUGUCAGCAGUUUUAGCACUAGCUGCUACUUUCUGAGUACUAUGUGCUAGGUGCUUUUCAAGUAUUAUCUCUAAUUACGGCAACCAGAGAAGGUGAUAAUAUUUUGCACCGCUUUACAGUUAAAAGCCUCGGGUAUGUUAAGUAACGUUUUCAAGGCAAGAGGUAAAGAGGCUGAGAAAGGAUUCAAACUCAGUUCAUUCUAGCUCUCAAGCACAGGCCGUUUGCACUACCCCAUGCUGCUCUGGACAAGACACUGAAGUAUCAAAAAUGACAUGGGAGGUGCACACACAUGCACACAAACAUGCAGGGUUUCUGGCUUCUAGCGGGGGACAGGCAUGUUCCUGAGUGUAAUACACAGGAUGAUGUAUUUAUUGUCAUGAGUGACAAUCAGAGCAUUGCAGCAUCUAAUGUUUGUUGAUUUGAGGUUGGAUUUUAUUGUCUAACAGAGUAUGGGCUUAAAAGUUAACCUAGAAGCCAACUUGUAGAAUUGUAUGUGUGUUGGUAGGGGUAGAAUAUAGCCAUUCCUCAGAUCUGAAGGUCUUGGAGACUUGGAGGGGUGUAUUGCAGCUCAGGGUAGGAGGAGCCAAUCAUUCAUGUAACUCUUAUGUUUCAUUUAUUGUGUGCCAGGGUCUGUGCUGUGUCCUGGGGAUACAACGUUGUAUAAGACGUGGUCUCUGUGCUGUAAGAUGUUACUGUUUGGUUGAGUCUGAGGGACAACUGUGUUGAUCCAGUGUCUACAACCAAAAGAGACCCUUUUUACAACUUCAGGUGCCAAAUCCAGGGCCCACUCUGCUAGUGGUGUAGAUGGGCUUUUGUGCAGAAAUAUCAUUUCUGCCUGUCACCUGUCACUCCAGAACUACAGCUCAUUCCUUUAGAGUUCGAAUCCUUUUUAAAAAUGCAAGGAGUCCCUUUUGAUGUGAAUGUGACCUUUUAGAGUUAUAUUUCUGUGUUAGUCCAGAGACAAACCACACUAGAUUUUGCACUAAGAUAAUUUGGUAUAAAGAGUUAACUAGGUAAAAAUUGUUAACUAGUUAUCUGAAAGGAUAAAAAGAGAUCUCUGCAAGUAGUAUCGUGGACACGGCAGCUGCGGGAAGCAGUCACUCCCCCUAGGACUGAGGGAGCUAAGGGAAGUGGUCGGAAGUUUAAAGCUUAGAAACUUAGAGGAGGGCACCUGCAUGGCUGAAACUCAGGGGUCUAAGGAGGAAACUGUGCUGUCCAGCUAUGUGUAAGGGCCUGGCAAGUCUGGGAAGCAGAGUUCUGAAGGGAAGGCACUGACGCAUGGUGUUGUGUCUGUGGUGGGCAUUCGGUGGUAAAGCUGGGCCUACAGGUGUUGGGAAGACUGCAGACUGAGUUCCGCUGCUGCUUCAGGGCAGUGCUCAAAGGAAUAGGAAGCGCACAGGAAGCCCCAGGCUGCAGGCAGCGGGAGCAAGUCCCCUCUCCCCUGCCGUCCAGCAGUGCUCCUAGGGUUGUGCACCAACUGGCUGAGCAGGUGUCCCAGAGGACCACUGAACAUUCCACACGAGUCUCUCGGGCAGCACCUCACCUGUUAGGGCCUGAAAGGAUUGCUUGACAACCAGGCCUGAGAAGGGGAAGUGAAGCCUUUGGGGACAGGAAUAGUGGACAGGAUAACAGGGUGAUGCUGACCAGGAUGGAGGAACUUAAGCUGACUGGCUUCCAAAUCAGGGAGCUACCAGGGCUUAUUGAUAUUAGAACACAGAGAUCCCUGAACUUGAUACAUCACAUAAAGACCCCAGAUAGAGGAUCCUAUUACCACGUGUCUUUCUCCUUCAGUGUAUGAUAUGAUUUGUAAACUCGGGUUUGAAGCCAGAGAAAAUUGCGAUAUCAGUAGUAUUGUAACUCAAAAUGGUGAAGUAUGCUGGACAACAAUUACAGACUGUGUGGUUUAUACAGAAUCAGCCCAGGGUCUGGAUUACAGGGGAAGCGUGAGGCUGCUGGGCCCUGUGUGCCAGGCUGUCCACUUACAUUUGUCGUCUCUGACCAAGGGGCAGUUUGAAACGCGAUAUUCACCUGGGCUCCAGUGGACAGGUGUUCCAGAGUUAUUUCGUGAAAUGUUUGAUGCCUUGGGAAGUCUUCAAUCUCUUGCUAUUUCUCUUAGCUUAAUGAAGCUGACAUCAUGUCUGGAGCGAGCCCUGGCUGACGUGUAUUUACUGAUUGGGAAGGAAUGCCCCUUUCUUUUAAGAGAUCUGAUUGCAUCUGAGGAGCUCGCUCAAGUCUUUGGGCAGUCUGUGAUGGAUGUGCUCAAGGUCUUCGUGGGCUCUCCGUGCGGACUCAACCUCCGCAAUGUUCUGUGGCACGGCUUCGCGGCGCCUCAGGAGAUUCCUCCAAAAUACUGUUCAAUGAUGAUAUUGUUGACAGCAGGAUUGGGUCAACUACUAAAGGGUUACCUUCAGCAAACUAAGCGCACAUUGGCACAUCGACCUUUCAUAAUUCUUACAAGCUUAGAGGAUUUGAUCGUUUUCCCUGAUGUUACUUAUGAGGUACUUUCAGUAUUAGAAGAAGUGAUUAAGAAAUCCACUUUUAUACUAAAAAUCAUGUUGCCAUAUUGGGAAGUUGCAUUAAUCAACUUCAAGUCUCACAGGUACCUGAAGUGUGGCAUUACAAAGUGGUCAUUGGCAGCUUGGAGGCCAGGCCUUCUUAAAACCCUAACCUUCCUGCUUUGUCGCUAUUGGAGUUGGAGCAGGUUUGCUGACUGUGCCAUAUUGUUAUUGGUGCAACUAGAGACUGGACUUAGGAAAGUUUUUGCCACAGUUAACAAAUGUCCAAAGAGACUUCUGACUGCUGAGUCAACAGCUCUUUAUACUACCUUUGAUGAGAUAUUGGCAAAACACUUGAAUGAUGGUAAAAUCAAUCAACUUCCUCUUUUCCUUGGAGAGCCUGCAAUGGAAUUUCUCUGGGAUUUCCUGAACCAUCAGGAAGGUCCCCGUCUAAGAGAUCGUUUAAGCCAUGGGGAAAUCAGUUUACCUGAAUUUCCGAAAGAAGCAGCCAAUCAGUUGCUUGCAUUUUCCUUUGUACUUUUACUCAGAUUUAUUGAUGAAGAUCUAUUAUCAGUGUUUAAGCAGGAAAAAGCAGCAGUGAGAGCACUGGUGAGCAUUGCAGAAGCUUACAGCGCUCGCUGCCAUCCAGUUUCUCAGCUUAAAAAGCAGGUGCUGAGCUGUGAGAGGAGCAUUGGAGUUUGGCCUCUGCUGCCUUUGCCUGAAGGAUCCGAAAGGGAGGCUCAGCGAUCAGAAGGUAAUUCUGAAAUAAAUGCCUGCCACUCUUUAAUCACAGAAAUCGUGGCUGAGCUGUGUCACCAUGUGCCCGAGACCCACCGCAUUCCUCACGACUCGGAGCACCUUCCUCCUGAGAAGUGGCCCCAGCUGCUCCGUGAGCUCUGCAGCAUCCCUGUCCGGACCCUGUUCUGCCCCAGAGCUGUCCUGGAGGUGCUGGCCGUGCUCCAGAAGAUCGGCGCCCACUGCCGCCGCGUGUGUGGUCAGGUGGCCGCCUUCGCGGAGCUGAGGCGCCGGCAGUGGGAGGACAGGAGCCUGCGCUCCCGGCAGCGGCGGAACUACCUGCGCCUGGUUCACAGUAUUAAGCUUCUGUCUCCUAUGCUUUAUCUGAUUUUAUUGCUGAUUGCACUGGAAUUGGUCAACAUUUAUGUGGUUCUUGGGAAAAAUACUUCGGAAUAUCAGCAGUAUCUAAGGUUCUUAAAGUCCGUCUUGCAGUACACAGAGAACCUGGCGGCUUACACCAGCCAAGACAAGAACAAGUGGGAUGAAGCUGUCAAUCUCACACAGGUCUGGCGGAUUUCGUGCAGGCACCAGGAGGGUGGAGGAGUGAGGGCCAGGGCUGCAGCCAGAAGAGCCAGGUCAGCCCUCGCCGGAGGCCCUGGGUGGCCACUGCAGGAAGCUCCUCAUCCGCUUGGGUGGCAGCAGCGAGGCUGUGGUUCUCCGGGAACCCCUGCAGGGCUGCCCCCAACCCGUCUGUGUGUGCUCGGCUGCACCCGCCUGCCGUGAUGCACGGCCGCCUCCAGCCUUGCUGGUAGGUCUGGCCUCCCAGGAAGGACUUCCAACAGCCUGUGUUGGCUUCUCGGCUGUCAGAGAUGAGCGUGGAGGCCGCCGUGGGGGAGGUGGGGCCGUGUGACAACAGCCAUCCGUGUUCCAUCUGUCGCUUCACCAGCCCAGUACCUGCAACUCCCUUGUAAAGUGAACUUGUGGGUAAAGACGGUGAAACCUGCUUCUGCCUGAUGGGAUGCCAGACGGCCACGUCGAGUGUCCACCUCUGGAGGAGGUGCUCCUGUGGUCGGUCAUGGCCUCCUGGGUGUGGGCUCGAAGGCUUACCCACUCCUAACCCUCCUGGUGUUGGCGCUGGAACGGGCAAGAGGGAAAAUGGACUGAUCUGUACUAUCACCAAGCCAGUGCAGGAUCUGCAGAGCCCAGCGGCCACUAGGCUGGCGGAAGCUCGUGUUAAACGCUGCUGCUCUACAGCUCAUCGCGUUCCUUUGCCCUCAGCUGCCCACCUCUGUUGGUUGUGGGUCUUCACCUGGUAGGUUGACCCAAACCUCAUUCCUGAAAGGGCUUUCCCGCUAGAAAUCUUCCUAGUUUUGGUAACUAGUUUUCUGUGAUUUUUAUCCCUAGAAAUGGGCAUCCUUUCCCAUGGGCCCCCAAGUCCCCGCCUGUAGCCACAGCCCUGUCCCCAGGGGCAUGGGGGGCGGUCACCCCCAUUACAGUUGGUCCCUCUCAGUCCUUUGGUUCCCUGGCACAAGGCCAGCGCUGCGGGCAGGCCCUCAGUCCUUCUGUGUAAGGGCUGCCUUGGGGGCCUCGCCUCCCCACAAGCCGUGGCUCCGAGGGGGUCACAGGGCUGCUCCUCCCUCACCUGCUUCCUCGAUCGACCAUGUGUCCUGGUGGCUCAGAGAGGAGGGUGCCUGUCGGGUGGACAGCAGCCCCAGGCGUCCCCGUCUCCGACAGGUCUUCCAUGGGCUGCUCGCGGGGCUGGAGCGCGUGCUGAGGUCUUGGAAGUGGUGCCGGGAGAGCCACCCAGCGGAUAAGGCUUCUGUGCCGUGGUGAUGGGGGGUGGGGGUCACUGACGGCCACAGUCAGGUCACCGUGUCACCUGACGCCAGCGGUGGGCGCUCUCGUGGGACAGACAUCAGCAUGCUGUGCACUCACCUCCUCCUCACACCCACGAACCACUCUGAUACCUCUGACCCUCGACUUCCGGUCUCGUUGCUUCCAGGCCCCUGACGACCUGGCCACACUUACCAGUUGCUUCCUCCGUGUAGACCCACCCUCACGGCCAUGGGUUCUUCCCGGCGCUUGACCUGCCUCCCGAGACAGUGGGGGGCUGCCCUUGAGGCUGUAACACUACAACUUUCUCCUUUAGGUGGUGUCGGUGGAUUCUGCAGGAAUCAAACAACUCGUACUUGGGGCAGCCGGCCGUAGGAAGCUCUCCUUAAGCCUGUGGACACACGGCGAGGAGGCGUGGGCAUGUGAGCCUUUUGUCUCUGACCUGGGCCUUGGAACGCGCGCAGCCUGGUCCUGCGUGGGCGUCUGCGGUUUCAGAAGGAGAUGCUCCAGCAGGCGCCAACCCGAUGCCGCAACGGCUCGGUCACGAGGAAACUAGGAGCCUCGGUGGAGUCGGGGUUCUAGCCGGUACACCGGUCCGGAGGGCAGCUAGGAGAGUUGCUGUCAUGGUUGUGUCCCAGAACCCUUGGGUCUGUGCUGUGGGCCUGUUCGUUGCUCAGCCCCAGCACCGCUCACCAAGAUCCUCCGCGAAGGCUCAACACCCACACCCCAGACGCCAAUGCUGGCAACUUCAGAGUCACAUUCGGCCGUCACUUCACAGUUUUCUGUCCAUUCUGCCCCAAGACGAUCUCCUAUCCUGCCCAGGACUCUCGCCGGUCUUGGUCUGAGCUUCGAGGUGGGGGAGCUGUCUUCCUGUGAGACUGGGCGCAGGCCUCUGUGGGUGCUGCCCCCGUGGUCCCAGGACCCCAGCGUGUGCUCCCACGGGGAGCAGCGUGCAUUCUUUUGGUGUCACGCUGCGCUGGCAGGCCCUUCCCGCGGCUCCCUGUGGGUGAACGGCGGCAACGUGACACCCGUGACAAGCGCUGCCCUUGCUGGGGUGCCGGGCGCUAGGGCGGUGUGGCUGGUGCCUGCCCGCCCUUGGGGAGGCCACGCCGCUCCUGGCCGGUGCUGGGCUGGGCACUGCCCACGGGCUUCCUCCUCUCCGUCCGGUCUGUUUUCUCUGUCUGCCCUGCUACUGCAGAACCCUUGCCUUGAUCAGAUGCUUCCCUGCGUCCACCCGGGUGGCAGCCACAGCAGAGGGGACUGAAGCUCAUUGUUUCCCUCAAACAAUGUCACAUGUCUCUGCUGCUCUUCACUGUUGAGUUGAUGUAGAACUUCACUCCGAGGGACAGGCGUCCUGAGGGCUGUGCCACACCGGCCGUCUAGCCAGCAGGAGUCGCCAGGGUAACAGGCGCCGGCGUCUGAGGGUCCACGACUCGAUGGGCACCGUCCGUCACGGCUGAGAAGGCCAAGCAACUGGGAAGCGGCCAGAGGUGCCUGAUGUUAGCGAGUCUGCCCCAAGCUCCCCCCGGACGCCUGGCGAAUACCUUCAGCAGAUGGAAAUUGCUGGCGAAAAGGAAAGAAGUGAAGAUUAGCUAAACUUGUUCUCCAUCAAAAGCUCUCCAAGCCGUUCAAGAGCGAGCCCGAGAGGGAGCCAGCUCGUGCUGGCCUCAGGGGCGCGGCCGCAGAGGUCAGAGGCCACAGGCUCGGACGCUGGACACAGGCUAGACCCCGGCUCCACCACGUUUGUUCACGGGCUCAGCCCCUCACACCGUUUUCUCGUGGGUGCCGUGUGGAGGAUAACGUCCAGCCCCGAUUAGGUUGGCGUGACGACCAUGUGCGGGCAGCCCCCAGCCCCUUCCCGACCGGGCCUCGGUGGCCCUGCGGCAGCGGAGCCGCGUGCGGGCGGAGAACGUCCCGGCCUAAGCCCAUGGUCCCCUCCCCCCACCGCAGUCUCCGGAUUCCUGCGGAGUUUCGGUGAAGGAGGGGGCGGGGAGACAGCCGCCGCCGCCGUCGGAGCUAAGCUCGGCCUCAGCCCGAGCGGCGCCGCAGUACUGCACUGGAGCCACGGGUGGCGCCCCUCGAGGUGGGUGUCGGAUGUGCCCAGACGCGCGCACACCUGGAGGAGGGUCGCUGGGUCGCGUCCCUCGGCGCAUCCUGCCUCGCUGUGCUUCAGGGGUUUGGUCGCGAAGCUGCUCUUGCGAGUAAACUUCGGGUUCCUCAGAUGAGGGCCGCUCCGGAGCUCUGUUAGCGCUGCCGGACGGGCUGGGCCCGUGCCGCACGGGGUUGCGCUUCUCUAUCGGGUCGCGGGGCGGCGCUCUUCAGCAAAGCAAGGCCGCGGCGGCCGCGGGAUGCGCUGGAAGCCUCUGAGGGGAGGGGCUGGGGGAUCAUGGAUGCAGGCGGCACCUGCUCCUUCCUUCGGCCUCCCUUGCAGCGGGCAGAGCCCGGGCUGCCCGGGAGGGUGAAGAGCGGCCGCCAGCUUGUCGGCAGGGCCCACGGGGCUUUUCCCGGAAACGAGCUUUCACUCCGGCCCGGCGAGGCAGGAGCUCCCGUCCUCAGGGAGGAAAGCCCGGGCGGGAUUGACCGUGUAGCUCAGAGAACGAACCGCAGGGGAGAAGCUCUUUGUUCGAAGACUGAGGUUGAUUUCCUGCGGAGGACGGUGUUCGGCGCGGAUGUGCCGUGGAAGUGGCCUCCUGACGGCUCCCCUUUACUGCGAAUUCCCAGCUGGCGUUGCGGCGUCUGGGGGCGGCUGACAGGAGCCCGCGGGGACGCAGGCCUCCGCAGGGCGUGGCUGCGGCCGGUCUACAGCCACACUUCGCAGUUCCAGUAAGACGACGUCGCUCUGUUGGUGCCCGUGCCCCCAAGUCUUCGAGGCAGACAUAACCUACAGCUGGACUCCUCAGGGUCCCCGGGGCCCUGGAUAAUGUGGCACCAGAGUGAAUCGACUUGGGACCGUUUACAGCCCAUCUAAGAUCAGUUCUUAAGUUUUUCAAAGAAGACCCUGGAUGAUGCAGGAAGUUCUUUUGACAUGUCAUUCAAUUCCUUUAAGACAAGAGUAUUUUAGGGUACAUUCCAAAAAGCCCGUCAAGCGCUGAGCCCCGCAGCACUGGUUACAGUCGGGGCGGGCGGUGGCACAGGUGCGUCUGUGUAAGUACUGGGUGGGCGCCUUGUUCCCAGAGUACCUCGAGGUCCUUAUUGUUCACGUCCGCCCCCUCUCCACCCGCACCCACCCAGUAGGACAGCUCCUUCAGGAGCGAGGGGGCCCGGGAAGUCAUCUCCUCGGAGAAGGAGGGCGGGGCCGGUCCUCUUCCCGAAGGGGGCGUGGCUAGCGUGGCCUGUGCCACCUGGCAUCUCCUCUCCAUCUCAUCACAGCCCCGUUUCUACAAGGCUUUGCAGGUGGGUUCUCCCGAGAGCGAAUCCCCACAGCAGCCCUGUGAAGGCGCAAUCCCGACCGCUUUACAGGGGAGAGAGCAAGGGCCCGAGAGAGGGCUUCCAGCGUCGCGGAGCGGAGGGUCUUGAUGCAAACCUGCGUUCUGGGCCAGGGACUCAUCCAAACGGAGGCAAGCCCUGUUGGGUGGGGGCACCGAGUUUGACCUCCUUUCAUCCCGCCUAAGCGUGUUCUCUGUUCUACUACGAGACCCCUGAGGGUGUUCAGGAGUCUUCCUGGGCCUUCCUGCAGCUCUGCGUGGGAAUUUAACUUGGCAGCUGCAGCCCAUGAGUAACUGUAUUUCACAAAUCCUCGCCCCUGAGUUACUGCGACUCUCCCCUCCCAUUUGUAAGACGUAUCAUGGCUUUGAGUGUCAGUGAGGAAAUGUCACGAGCCUGCCCUUCCUGUGAACGUGUGUUAAGCGUUGUCAGCGUUCUGGAGGGGCCCAGUUUCUUGCUGGGAUCAGAUUCCUGUAUUUCAGCUCAUUUCUUUCUUUUUCUUCCCUGUAGUAGUUGAUAAUUCUGAUUUCUCUGGCUUGGAU